GGAAUAUCAGUGACGACAUAUCGUCAGGUGAUGCCUUACCGGAUAAAUUUGACCCAAAUGUGCCGUAGAACCUCACAACCAGUGACCUCACGCACCCAGUCGAAUACCAGUGACAUCAUAUCGCCAGCAGAUGCCUAUUGCCUUAACUCGGCCCAAAAGAACCCCGAUCAAUGCGAAGCCACUUCCCGUGACGUCACAAUGUCAGCUGAUGCCUCACAACAUUUCCCCAGCACGGCAGCACACGAACCCUGCAACCGGCGUAGCUCUUUCCUCCGUCGGCCUUACAGGUACCAAAGAGAAACCAUGGCGGAUGAUGGCGAAGAUGAGGGAUAUCGUUGGGAAUCUGGCUAUGAAAAAACUUGGGAGGUCAUCCAGGAGGAUGAGGCCGGCCUGCUGGACAGCUCCGUGGCCGACCUGGUGGCGCGCGCCAAGCGCGCCCGCCUGCACCAGUCCCGGCCCCACGUGCGCCUCGGCAUCAUGCGCCACAUGUUCGUGGUUCUGGAUGCAUCCGAGGCCAUGUUCGUGCAGGACCUGAAGCCCACUCGGCUCAUGUGCUGCAUCAAGAUCUUGGAAGGAUUUGUUCAAGAGUUCUUCGACCAGAAUCCUAUUAGCCAACUAGGGAUCAUCGUAACGAAAAACAAGCGCGCUGACGUAGCCUGCGAGCUGGGCGGAAAUCCCAUGAGAAUAAUCGAGCACCUGCGCAAGCUGGCGACGUCGCCGUGCGUGGGCGAGCCGUCGCUGAUGAACAGCCUGGAGCUGGCGGCGGGCGCGCUGCGCGUCAUGCCCAGCCACGCCAGCCGAGAGGUGGUGGUGCUUAUGGCCAGCCUCACCACCUGCGACCCGGGCAACAUCAACCUCACGCUGGAGAUGCUGCGCCGCGAGAAGAUCCGCUGCUCGGUGAUCGGUCUGGCGGCCGAGCUGCGCAUCGCGCGCCACCUGGCGCAGGAGACCGGCGGCGAGUACGGCGUCUGCCUGGACGACACCCACCUGCGCGACCUCACCCUGACGCACGUGCAGCCGCCGGCCGCCGUGGCCAACAUGGAGGCGGCGCUCAUCCGCAUCGGCUUCCCGGCACACAACACGAACGCCGACACGCCCGGCAAGCUCUCCUACUGCAUGUGCCACCUGAACACGCCGGCGGUGGCGGACGGGCCGGACCGGGGCGGCUACCUCUGCCCGCAGUGCUUCAGCAAGCACUGCGAGCUGCCAGUCGACUGCGCCACGUGCGGCCUGACGCUGAUGUCGGCGCCGCACCUGGCACGCAGCUACCACCACCUGUUCCCGCUGGAGCCUUUCGUCGAGGUGGAGCAGGCGCCCGGAGGCCCGCCACAGUACUGCGCCGCCUGCCGCGCCCGGCUCGACACGCAGCGACUGAUAUCCAAGUGCGAGAAGUGCGCCGAAUUGUUCUGCGUCGAUUGCGACCUGUUCAUCCACGAGACGCUGCACGUUUGUCCGGGCUGCUCGCGGACCACGUCUGGCCGGCGGUAGCACGUGCC